AUGACUUUACUGGCAGGGGAUGGUUCCGAUUAUGACUACAGUGCUCUGAGUUGCACAUCUGACACCUCUCUGAACCCUCCACCAUUCCAGGAGAAAGAGGCCCUAAAGGGUGUCUAUUAUAAAAGGGCACAACGACUCCCUCCAACUGACCCCAAUACUAGCACUGAUGCAGUUUAUUCCACCGAAGAUGCCAACCUGCCGUCAGGUGCCCAGCGGCUGCAUGUCAUUAUCAAUGUUGGUGGCCUCCGUUACCAGCUUCCCUGGACCACACUGGAGGACUUCCCUCUCUCACGGCUGGGCCAGUUGUGCCUGUGCAGCAGCUUUGAUGAGAUCAUGCGGGUAUGCGACGACUAUGAUGUCGUCCACAAUGAGUUCUUCUUUGAUCGCAGUCCCUGCGCGUUUCGGACCAUCCUUACCUUCCUGCGUGCUGGGAAGCUACGUUCCCUGCGUGAGAUGUGCGCUUUGUCAUUCCAAGAGGAGCUGCUCUACUGGGGCGUUCCGGAAGAAAGCUUGGAAUGGUGUUGCCGUCGACGACUUCUGCAGCGCGUGGAGGAGUGCGAUGAGCUAGAGCGGGAGGAAGAAGAGGAGGAGGAGGAUGAAGAUGACAGUAAAACUGGCUUAGCCAGGGAAUCCCAGCUCAGCCACUGUAUGGAAAAACUAAGAGACAUGGUGGAGAAGCCUCACUCUGGCUUGCCAGGAAAGAUCUUCGCCUGCUUGUCAGUCCUGUUUGUCACUAUAACGGCUAUCAACCUGUCCAUAAGCACCAUGCCUGCUAUGAGAGAGGAAGAGGAGACCGGAAAAUGCUCUCAGAUGUGCUACAACAUCUUCAUAGUGGAGACAGUUUGUGUGGCCUGGUUCUCGCUGGAGUUCACUCUGCGCUUCAUCCAAGACCGCAGCAAGCUGGCCUUCCUCCGGCAGCCGCUCAACCUGAUCGAUGUCAUCGCCAUUCUGCCCUACUACAUUACGCUGGUGGUGGACAGCACCUCCACUGGGGAGAAACGGCUGGGCUCGGGAAGCAGUUACCUGGACAAAGUAGGCCUCGUGCUUCGCAUACUGCGUGCGCUGCGCAUCCUGUACGUAAUGCGCCUCGCGCGGCAUUCUCUCGGACUCCAGACGCUAGGUUUGACCGCGCGCAGGUGUACACGCGAGUUCGGCUUGCUGCUUCUCUUCCUUUGCGUUGCCAUAGCGCUUUUCUCACCUCUCCUCUACCUGAUUGAAAACGAGGCUGCGGACACGCGAGAGUUCAGUAGCAUACCUGCAACGUAUUGGUGGGCUGUCAUCACCAUGACAACGGUUGGUUACGGGGACAUGGUGCCGCGGAGCAUUCCCGGACAGGUGGUUGCUCUCAGCAGCAUCCUCAGCGGGAUUUUACUCAUGGCGUUCCCCGUCACCUCCAUCUUCCACACGUUCUCACGAUCCUACGUGGAGCUCAAACAGGAACAACAGCGACUGCUGCAGCGGAGAACUCACUUUCUAUUGCGCAGCCGCAUUGCGGGUCUCGGCAGCAACCUGUCGUUGGAGAGUGACGUGCUCUUCCCGAGCGUCUCGUCUGACCACAGAAACCGAGAGGAAUAAUAAAGUAACAGCGUUGUUCACAAAACUAUGUACCAGAUCCACGAAGAAUGCCAAUGGAAACAGAAUAAUAAGCAGCUGUUUUGAUAUCUUUAAUGUUUGUUUACAUAUUGUUCAUCAACAGUCCAUUUGGACGACUUCAAUUUAUUGCUUAACUCCUGGUGAACAAGCUUCCAGCAGAUUAUUGCAAGCCCUUUUGACGUUAAAUCAUGCUCAGGAUAUGAUUUAUACAUAUUUACAAUACAUUUUUCACUAGUCAAAAUGCUAAUUCUCGAUAUCAGUAUGUUGGCUUGACGAAGCCAACAUACUGUUAUUCGACAGUCUUUGUGGUUUUUCCAAAAUCCCUAAUCCAAGACCAGAAUUAUCAAUUGUACUUUGUACCUUUCAGACUACAUCCAAUAAUCUUGGCACAGAGCCACAGAUCUUCAGACUGUUCUGGCUUGCGUUGCUCAAUUUCUUUUCGAACAGACCAACAGAAUUACGGUUUUCACACAGUUGGCGUUCAAAAAUCAGAAGAAUCCCAUGGACUUACAUUGAUAGAAUGUUCAAACAGGCCAGCGGAAUGUUCGGUAAUUCAAACUCGGUCCAAAAAUUCAAAUGUCGAUAAACACACACAAUGGAUAGAUAUUGUAUCGUAUCAUGGUAUGUAUCAUGGCUUUAGGAUACAAUACAAUAUUUGUCUAUCUCUCCAUCUUUCUGUCUUUUGAAACUCGACUAAUUUAACUAAUCUAGUUCAUUUUACACUUGUAAAAAUGUCAAUUCUUGACAUCAAAAAUGACAUUGUUACUCGCGGAAAUACCCAUUCUUGAAAUAAAAAAUGGAAUUUCAACUAGUUAAAACUAUUACUGAUAUCUGUUAAUGCAUUUCACUAGAAUUUCACAACGA